AUGGAGCGGAAUACUCCUCUAGGCGGACCCCUCCAUUCCUCCCUCGCUUGCGGCUUCCCUGCUCUCCCGCCAGCGUGCCUGUACACCGUACAGACUACAGAAGCCGAACUUGAGCAGCUUCUCUCGGGGAUCGGGGGCCUGCAGCAAAAAGAGCGGUGGCACUCACAGCAGCAACGGCCCAAAGCCGAGGACAGCCCCCUGCGUCUUGGAGGUCUCUGCUACCCAGAAACAAGAGCAGAAGCGGCAGCAGGCUGUUCAGGUGUGCGCGCACUCGGCGAGGCGCCUACUGAGCUCCAGAAAGCGAAAUCUCCCUCCAAUUCCCCGCAACAGACAGAACGAGAACCAGGAGCAACGCCUCUCAUCACCCAUGCAUGCAUCGUCUUUUCUCGAUGGACUCCCUACAAGAGUGUUUUGAACGAGCAGCCUAGCCAGCUUUCCGGAUCCUCCGCACGAAGCCCCCCCUGGGGGCGCUUUAAAGAGGAUUCCCCAGGGGCCGAUCUCCCGGACCCUCCUGCGCACGGCUUCCCCCUGGGGGGCCCCUCUGGAGUGGAUGAAGGCCUCUUAGAGCGGCUGGGGCGGUACGAAGCCCUUAUUCGCGACUGUUCAGCGGAGCGAGGGCCCUCGGAGGCCUCUGGCUCUUCGGGAAGAUCUCUGCCUUCUCAGAAUAACCCACACACGGCUGGCAAUGAGAGGGGAUGCGCCCCUCGGGAUUUCGUGGCGGGGCCUCAAGAAGAUCUCGAGCCGUUCGAUAGCCCUCAGGAGGGCCUCCUUGUGGAGCAGUUGCAGGGGGUGGGAAUUUCUCCUGUGGCAUGUGUGCAGGCGAGGAAGAGCUGUACAGGGCGCAGCAGCAGCAACACGCACAAGAGGCCGGCCGCUUUGGCAGCAGCUCCGGUGGCUGCCCAUUCUUACACGGAGCAUGCGUCUCCCGUGUUGUCUGUUUUGGCUCCAUCCAGUGGUGUCUCUGAGGGCACGGGGGACAAGGCGGAGGCCCCUGGGCCCCCCGCGGCGGCUUGGUUUUCAUGGGAUGGAACGGCUGGAGUGCCUUACGAUGCAAUAGGGAACGAAAUAGGGCCACGCUACUUUAUGCCUAAGACGCUGUCUCAGUAUUAUUGGGAAGGCUUGCUGCUGGACUCUGCAUCAUGGUGCGAAAUGACGAUAGAGCCAGUUGCAGCGUACAUUGCCUUGGCGCUGCAUGCGCAUAGCGAGCUGCAGAGGGCUUUGGAAUGUGAACACGAGGUAGAGCCGUCUUUCCCUCAGCUUCUGGGGCACUACGGCUACAGUGACGGCAGCGGCAGAAAGGGCAGCAACCUUCCUGAUCCUGAUGGCUUCACCAGCUCCUGUGCGAGUGAGACAAAAGAAGGGGAGGGUGUUGCUGCUCCCGUCCAAGGGCCUUCUCAGGCCUCUGGCGUCUCCGCCCUGUCGCCUUCACUGCUUCCCUCCUCCCUGCGCCUACGGCCGCUUGUUGCGGCAGAUGGUUGCUGUGGCGCUGGAGGAGACGUAGCUCAGCUGUCUAGACACUUUGACCUGGUUUUGGGGGUUGACAGAGAUCUCUUGAGAAUCUCUCUUUGCCGCCACAACACGCAGCUCCUAGCACUCAAGGACAAGAACUGCGCUCCCGUGGUCUUGUUGCACCAGCAGCUGCAGCAAUUCGCUGUGUUACGGGGGGGAUGGAGCGUUAGAGACACUCGACCUGCAGCCACCCCGUCAGCAACGCCAGCGGGUGCUACCUCUCCGGCAGGGGCCACGCACUGCACGGCUCUGUCUCUUCGGGCCCUUACAACUCGCCAAGCGGCCAUUAACGAGGCUUUCGGACGCCGUAUUCACAGCGGCUCCUGGAGAGACAGCGAGGAGGCUGCAUGCGUCGUUGGGGCCUCCGAAGCGGAUGCAUUGGAAGCUACAACCGCUCAGGAUGCCGCAUGCCUCUGCGUUCCUUUUAGCCCCCUCCCAUGCCGUCUGUGUAGUGCUCCCGGAGCUGCUGCUGCUCAAAGAGUGACGCGGCAGAGGCGCGCCAGCAUGGCCUCUCCCUCGCAGCCAGUAGCGUCCACGGCAGCAGUCAACAGUGAUCCUGAAGGGCUUCCUCAGUCUAGCGGUGAGCACGUCGCUGCCAGAAAAGAAACCGAGGGAGAGCCCCCCCAAGCAGGCCUCAGCGGGCCCCCCCGUUUCUCCCAGCGUCCACUGCCCGUCUCUCCUGAUGCGUUUCUGCCAGGUAGCUCCGAACGUUUGCCUCUUCCUUCCGCGUUCAACAGACCUCCACGAGCUGAUUGUUGUUGCAUCUUUGCUGCAAUUUCCUCUCUUGGAGGUAGAAGCGCUCUAUUUGCCCUCAACUCGGCCACCACACAAACGCAGGAAUUCCCAAUACAGUAG